AUGGAGUCUCCCCUCGACUGGACCUUCUGUAACUGUAGUAGUAGCAGAGCUAUACAAGUUCUAUUCCUGGCCACUGUUCUGGGACAGCCGUGCCCACAGCCAGAGCCACAGUUUCCCUGUCCCUGCCCCUGUCCCCCUCCAGAGCCUUCACCAUGCCUGCCUGUCCCCUGUGAGGGAGCGCAACAGAUUGGGCCCUGCAACCCUUGCGAGCCCCCCGUGAAUUAUGUAUACGGUCAGGCACCCACUGGUUCAAUCCUAAUCAGGCCAGGACAGAUCCGAUUCCCAACACCACCCCCAAUCGUGGUACGCCCUGGAGAGAUUAGGCUGCCCCAACCUCCAGCAAUCUGGGUGAAACCUGCCCCCGUCCAGCCGCCGACACCACAGCCCAUCACCGUCCGCCCACCCCCAGUUCAGCCACCGACUCCAGCUCCAUUCUACGUGAGGGUACCACCGGUGAAUCCACCACAACCUCCUCCAUUGAUCGUCCGACCUCCACCAGUAGCUGUGCCAAGACCACCUCCAAUGAGGGUGCAACCACCAGCCGUCCAGCCACCAGUUCCAGACGCGCUCGUAGUAAGACCACCGAAGAUCGUCGUGCCAGCACCCCCGACCAUUUGCUUCCGACCAAACCCUCCUCAGAACUUCAGGACUUUGGGCUCUGCAACUGUUUGCCGUUUAGCUAAUGGACAGAAUGGCGUGGGACCUUGUUGUCCUUGUUCACCUUGCUGUAUCCCCACCUGCCCGCAACCUUGCCCGCCACCCUGCCCACCGCCUCCCUGUCCAUCCCCGUGUCCUCCUCCUUGCCCUCCACCUCCUCCCUGUCCAUGCUCAUGUCCCUGUCCACCACCCCCAUGCAUCUGCUAG